AUGAGGGCGCUGCUCCUGCUCUGCUGCUGCCUGGCCUCGCUGCUGCUCUCAGGACAAGCAGAAGAGACGGAGGAUGUGAGUGAAGAGGCUCCCAUGAGGGACCGCUCCCACAUUGAGAAAACCCUGAUGCUGAAUGAGGACAAGCCAGCUGACGAUUACACAGCGGUACUGCAGCGGCUGCGGAAGAUCUACCAUACGUCCAUCAAGCCCCUGGAGCAAUCUUACAAGUACAAUGAGCUGCGACAGCAUGAGAUCACAGAUGGAGAAAUCACCUCCAAGCCAAUGGUGCUGUUCCUGGGACCGUGGAGCGUUGGCAAAUCCACCAUGAUAAACUACCUCCUUGGGUUAGAAGAAACUCGCUAUCAGCUUUAUACAGGUGCUGAACCUACCACCUCCGAGUUCACCGUCCUUAUGCAUGGGCCCAAGCUGAAAACCAUUGAGGGCAUCGUCAUGGCUGCUGACAGCGCCCGAUCCUUCUCACCCCUCGAAAAGUUUGGCCAGAAUUUUCUGGAGAAGUUGAUUGGCAUUGAGGUUCCCCACAAACUUCUAGAACGAGUCACUUUUGUAGAUACACCAGGCAUCAUUGAGAACCGCAAACAACAGGAAAGAGGCUACCCCUUCAACGACGUGUGUCAGUGGUUCAUCGACAGAGCCGACCUCAUCUUUGUUGUCUUUGAUCCCACCAAGCUGGACGUGGGUCUGGAGCUGGAGACGCUCUUCCGCCAGCUGAAGGGACGGGAGUCCCAGAUAAGGAUCAUUCUGAACAAGGCCGACAACCUGGCCACGCAAAUGCUCAUGCGGGUGUACGGAGCUCUCUUCUGGAGCCUGGCCCCACUCAUCAAUGUCACAGAGCCUCCACGGGUUUAUGUCAGCUCCUUCUGGCCACAGGACUAUAAGCCCGACACCCACCGGGAGCUGUUCCUCAAAGAGGAGAUCUCUCUGCUGGAAGACCUGAACCAGGUGAUUGAGAACAGGCUAGAGAACAAGAUUGCUUUUAUUCGCCAGCACGCCAUUCGUGUCCGCAUCCACGCCCUUCUAGUUGACCGCUAUCUACAGACUUACAAGGACAAAAUGACCUUCUUCAGUGAUGGGGAACUGGUUUUUAAGGACAUUGUGGAAGAUCCUGAUAAAUUCUACAUUUUCAAGACCAUCCUGGCAAAGACCAACGUCAGCAAGUUUGACCUUCCCAACCGUGAGGCCUACAAGGACUUCUUUGGCAUCAACCCCAUUUCCAAUUUCAAACUCCUCUCUCAGCAGUGCUCUUACAUGGGGGGUUGCUUCCUGGAGAAGAUUGAACGGGCCAUCACCCAGGAGCUCCCCGGCCUUCUGGGGAGCCUGGGGCUUGGGAAGAACCCAGGUGCUCCUAACUGUGACAAAACAGGUUGCGGCGAGGCCCCAAAGAAUCGCUAUAAGAAGCACUAGGUCAUGUUCAGCCAUUCUUGGGGCCCCAUGGGUGAAUGAGCUUGUGUCCUAACCGUCUGAGAAGUCCCGGUUUUUAGCCCUUUGAGCCAUACUGGUGACAAUCAGUCUGAAUUGGAGAUUUGGGAGUUCAUUGAGGCCGGUGAAUCAGGGAAGGAACAAGGGAGGAGAGUGGAAACUGUGAAUUAUAGUGUGCUUGUCUUAUUGCUUCAGUUAGAAGGCCUGACACAGGCUAGUCAGGCUUCCCUUGUUUUUCCUGGGUCAUGUCUUGGAGGGACAGAGAGCAGCUAACUCCUAAUGAAUACUAAGAUAAUGAGGGUCGAAUAAGCAAAACUCAGUUGAAGUUUCCCAAGCAACAGAGGUUCUCAGGUCAGUGUCAACUCCUUUCACACAAAUCUUCUGUCCGUUCCCUGUCUCUCCUCAGCUCCCUCCUAAGUUUGGGUAGAUUUCCAGCAGUGGACAGUCUCUUGAGUCUGAUCUUCAUGAACUUGGAACCCAGCCUUGGAAUCUUCUUCCUGUCUUCCCAAUGGGUAGGGCAUCCAGGACACUAAAAGUUUUCAGAUUAGUGUUGGCCGGCCUCUCCAGGUAUCAUUUCAUUGAUGUCUCAGUUGGAGAGCUCAGCUCAGUUGGCCCCAGAAGGAGGAUGACUGGGUGACGAACUCAAGUACUUCCUCCUGGAAGUGACUUACAUGAAUGUACUGGAAGGGCUCAGGGCUUAGUUGGUUUGCAGUGUGUCUUUGUCUGUUGCAUGUCUUGGAAAACUCAGAUCACAAAGGUGUUGAUUUCAGAAAGGACAUGGGGACCUUGCUCCUGGUCCUUGGAGGUUUCUCUGGCAGUCCCCUCUCCCAAGUUUCAGGGGAAACUGUUUCUACAUCUUCUUUGUGGGAGCACUUGACAGAGGACAUGUCUCUUCUGGUUCCCAGAAGUGUGGCUUCUCCUUCCCCUUCUCCAUUCCCUGAUGCACCAAUAUUUCCCUCAGAGAAAUUCCCUAGACUCAGAACUAGCCCCAGCCCUGUGGUAUUGGUGGCAGACAAGGCCUGAGGUUCAGGUCCAACCUGAACUUCUGCAGAUGCCCACUGAGUGCAGUCAGGACUGUCACACACCAGUGAGUGUGCAUUUGUGUGUCCACUGUACAAGAGAGAGCUAGGACAGUGACAGACUCGAGGGCACAGAGAGAGGACCCCUGAGAGUCUUGCAUGGCAGACAUACGCUGCCACCUUGGAGCGCAUGGGGGCAUGAAGCCUUGGGAGGAUGAAGAGCUUUUGGAUAGAGCAGGUCAGGUGAAGGUCAGACUGUCUUGAGGGCUUCCUUUGAGCACAGCUGGCUGCGUUUUUUUUUGGGAGCAAGCUGUCUUUGCUUUUGCCUUGACUUUGAGGCAUGAGUUGGGAUCCACCAGUACCAGUGAGUCAUCUGGAGCAGAAGGAAAGUGGGAAGGAAGGUGGAGCCAGAGCUCUUCCUUCUGAGCAUCAGGUAGGGAGUAGAAGUAGAUGGGUAUGUGGUAGGGCUACAUAGAGAACUUCAGUUUAGGAGUUCACGACUUUGAGCAUUUAGUCUGGCACCAGCUAGGAGGGAAGGGAGCUGUUGCCUUGGCUUCUCACAAGUCACACGCCCCAAAGCUGCCAGGACACUGUUCCUUCCAUAGGGUCAUGCAUAGAGCCUGGUGGCUCGGGCAGAUGAGCUGCAGUCUACCUUUUCCCGUUAAAAUACACAUCCAAGCCCAAAGCUCCUCUCAUUUCUCCAGCACUUAUUCUCUGGAGAGACUGUUUCUCCCGCCUUUCCCCUUCACGCUCCUCAUGCCUGAGGGCUUUGUGUAGCAACUCUGCUUUCUCUCAGUGCAGUCGGGGGAGCUGUCCUAUCUGUCAGGGCCUGCAUGCUUGGUGGGGAGCAGGUGGGACGAGGCAAACACAGUCAUCCAGAAUUGGUGUUGGGGGAGGGGCACUUUAUCGGGGUCACUGUCCUUCUGGGUUUUCCUCCAUCUUUUUCUUCUUUGUCUCCAUUCUGCUCCUCUCCUCACUGCCUGCGUCCACCCAAUUCACUUUCCUCUCCUGCCCAUGGGCUGCUGAUGAGCCAGCACAGGGGUUAGCACCCAUCUUUGCCCAGCUCUGCAGAGAUGGAUUCUGAGUAGGAUUCUGACUCCAGGAGAUUCCUGAGCGGAAUAUCCGUGUAGGUGCUGGGACAGUGGCUGACCUUUCCUGUCUUCUUUCCAUCCUGGCUUCGUCAGGGAGGGCGUCUCAAUAAAGUUCCAAUCUCUCUUCAA